AUGUCUGCAGCUUCUGCUUACGGGCUCCGUAAGUAUCUUCUGUAUGACGUCAACCCCCCGGAAGGCUUCAACCUGCGCAGGGAUGUCUAUAUCCGAAUCGCCUCUCUCCUGAAGACUCUGCUGAAGACGGAGGAGUGGGUGCUCGUCCUGCCUCCGUGGGGCCGCCUCUAUCACUGGCAGAGUCCUGACAUCCACCAGGUCCGGAUUCCCUGGUCUGAGUUUUUUGAUCUUCCGAGUCUCAAUAAAAACAUUCCCGUCAUCGAGUAUGAGCAAUUCAUUGCAGAGUCUGGUGGGCCUUUUAUUGACCAGGUUUACGUCCUACAAAGUUAUGCAGAGGGAUGGAAAGAAGGGACCUGGGAAGAGAAGGUGGAUGAGCGGCCGUGUAUCGAUCAGCUCCUGUACUCCCAGGACAAGCACGAGUACUACAGAGGAUGGUUUUGGGGUUAUGAGGAGACCAGGGGUCUGAACGUCUCCUGUCUGUCCGUCCAGGGCUCAGCCUCCAUCGUGGCGCCCCUGCUUCUGAGAAACACAUCAGCCCGGUCCGUGAUGUUAGACAGAGCCGAGAACCUACUUCAUGACCACUACGGAGGGAAAGAAUACUGGGAUACCCGUCGCAGCAUGGUGUUUGCCAGGCACCUGCGGGAGGUGGGAGACGAGUUCAGGAGCAGACACCUCAACUCCACGGACAACGCGGACAGGAUCCCCUUCCAGGAGGACUGGACGAAGAUGAAGGUCAAGCUGGGCUCGGCGCUAGGGGGCCCCUACCUGGGAGUCCAUCUGAGAAGAAAAGAUUUUAUCUGGGGUCACAGAGAGGAUGUGCCCAGCCUGGAAGGGGCCGUGAGGAAGAUCCGCAGCCUCAUGAAGAUCCACCGGCUGGACAAGGUGUUUGUGGCCACAGAUGCCGUCAGAAAGGAAUAUGAAGAGCUAAAAAAGCUGUUACCCGAGAUGGUGAGGUUUGAACCCACGUGGGAGGAGCUGGAGCUCUACAAGGACGGAGGCGUUGCGAUUAUUGACCAGUGGAUCUGCUCACAUGCCAGGUUUUUUAUCGGCACCUCAGUCUCAACAUUUUCUUUUCGGAUUCAUGAGGAAAGAGAAAUUCUGGGGUUGGACCCCAAGACGACUUACAACAGGUUCUGCGGAGACCAAGAGAAGGCAUGUGAGCAGCCCACGCACUGGAAGAUCACCUACUGAGAAGGCUUCUCCGGGGCCGCUCCCAGACCCAACUGACGUGGGUGGACGCAGGCUCUGUCGCCGCGGAGUCACCGUCUGCUGCCAGCCAGGAGCUCGGUGGACAGGACUGUCCCUCGCGGGGUCCUAAGCCCAGAAGAGGCCCCACGCCUCUAGAGGUGCAGCGCGUCUAGAGUUGUGCUCUGUCCUUGGCGUUUCCAGCCGCCAUGGCUGACGAAGAGGCUCUGCUGCUCUCGGGGGCAGUUGUGUUUUCAGGCAGUGUCUGUGAACCCCCAGCUCGGUUGCCAGCAGGGCCCGCGUGGUGACUCAUAAGCAGGAGUGUUUGUCAGGCUCCAGCUCUGGCCUUACCAGCCACCUUUCAUGUCUUCAUAUUUUAAUCGCAUUGAGGAUGGAUGCAGGCGGGUGAGCUGCCCUCCGUCAGGUGGACACGGGCUGACAUUUCCCUGGGAGCUGGUGCGAGGAGAAGAGUCAUGUUAAAUGUCUGCAGAGUGACCGGAGCCCCAUGAAUCCCUCUGUCGCCUUCAUGCAGCAGGAGGCUGUCUGUUUGUCUCCUCCUGGGAUGUGCAAGGCAGACCUGGCACUGCAAAGGGAGGGCCUGAGGCCUCAGGGAGCCCCGUGGAGGGAUGACAGUUCAGGCCCUACCGUCAGCACAUCAGAGUGCUGGGAAGUUUUUCAGUGGCGUCUCUGGGACACUCGGUGGAUUGUCUGUAGGAAACUUGCAACUCCGCUCCUCACACCAGGCCCAGCUGGCUGCCCCGCCCUCGCCCUGCCUGCCCCAUCCUCACCC